CAAGCGCAAGGCAAAGUCCUGCGUCUGCCAUGUCUGUGGUGUCCACCUGAACAGGCUUCAUUCUUGCCUCUACUGUGUCUUCUUUGGCUGUUUCACAAAGAAGCAUAUUCAUGAACAUGCGAAGUCAAAACGGCACAAUCUGGCCAUUGACCUGAUGUAUGGAGGCAUAUACUGCUUUUUGUGUCAGGACUACAUCUAUGACAAAGACAUGGAAAUAAUUGCCAAAGAGGAACAACGAAAAGCUUGGAAAAUGCAAGGCGUUGGAGAGAAGUUUUCAACUUGGGAACCAACCAAACGGGAGCUUGAACUGCUGAAACACAACCCAAAAAGAAGAAAGAUCACUUCGAACUGUACCAUAGGUCUGCGUGGGCUAAUCAACCUUGGGAACACAUGCUUCAUGAACUGCAUUGUGCAGGCUCUGACACACACGCCGCUGCUGCGUGACUUCUUCCUGUCCGACAGGCACCGGUGUGAGAUGCAGAGCCCCAGCUCCUGUCUGGUCUGUGAGAUGUCCUCUCUGUUUCAGGAGUUUUACUCUGGGCACCGGUCCCCUCACAUUCCAUAUAAGUUGCUGCACCUGGUGUGGACUCACGCACGGCACCUGGCAGGCUACGAGCAGCAGGACGCCCACGAGUUCCUCAUUGCAGCCCUGGACGUCCUCCACCGACACUGCAAAGGUGAUGACAAUGGGAAGAAGGCCAACAACCCCAACCACUGCAACUGCAUCAUAGACCAGAUCUUCACGGGUGGGCUGCAGUCGGAUGUCACCUGCCAAGUUUGCCAUGGAGUCUCCACCACAAUAGAUCCCUUCUGGGACAUCAGCUUGGAUCUGCCUGGCUCUUCCACCCCAUUCUGGCCCCUGAGCCCAGGCGGUGAGGGCAGUGUGGUGAAUGGAGAAAGCCACGUGUUGGGAACCACCACGCUUACAGACUGCUUGCGCAGAUUCACCAGACCAGAGCACUUGGGAAGCAGUGCCAAGAUCAAAUGCAGCGGUUGCCAUAGCUACCAGGAGUCCACGAAACAGCUCACCAUGAAGAAACUGCCAAUUGUAGCCUGUUUUCAUCUCAAACGAUUUGAACACUCAGCCAAACUGAGGCGGAAGAUCACCACGUACGUGUCCUUCCCCCUGGAGUUGGACAUGACUCCCUUCAUGGCCUCCAGCAAAGAGAGCAGGAUGAACGGACAGUACCAGCAGCCCACGGACAGCCUCAACAAUGACAACAAAUACUCGUUGUUUGCUGUUGUUAACCAUCAAGGGACCUUGGAGAGUGGCCACUACACCAGUUUCAUCCGGCAGCACAAAGACCAGUGGUUUAAAUGUGAUGACGCCAUUAUCACCAAGGCCAGCAUUAAGGACGUGCUGGACAGUGAGGGGUACUUACUGUUCUAUCACAAACAGUUCCUGGAAUAUGAGUAGCCUUAUCUGCAACUGGUCAGAAAAAAUGAAGGCAACGAGUUGACAAGCCUCACAACGUGACCCCCCAGCCUCCCCAACCUUGUGACACCACCUCUCAUACAGACGCAUCUCCCACAUGUGCGGCCCCUCUGCACCUGGGACCCACAGGGUCAGAGUGGACAGCACAAGCGGAGGAGGCUCCAGGAACUGCACAGAAGACGGACUGGAUGAGGAGUGUGCUCUGGGUGGGAAGGAGCAGAGUAGCCCUAUCACCAGGACGUCUCCUGUGCUCUUUAGAAUGUGGAGGGGUGACAGGGAGGCCCCAUGAUGUGGAGUAGCCUCUGCCUACUGUUCCCUAUAUACAGUCUGAAAGGUACCUGCCCGUUUUAAAAUUAUGGGUCCAUUAAAGCAGUAAGUCAAAGAGACAAAGGUUGUGUGCAGGGACAGAGGGCUUUGCAGGCACCUUUCUCUUAAUGAUUCUAGCAUUAAGUACACAGUAGGGAACUCCUAGCCUCCAUUUUUUCAGCAACUGUAAAGCAGCUCCCAGAGCUUGUGGAACUGAAGACACUGCGUCGGGUUUCCUAGCAUGUCUGUUCCACAGAUAACUUAGCAUCAACCUGCAUGUGGAAGCAUCUCUCAGUUUCUAGAAAUAGGCAUUUUCUUAUCCCCCACCCCUUUUCUCAUUUUCCACAAUGGUGAAUUUCAUUAAUGUAAUAAUAGUAAAGUGAAUGAAAAACUGCGUUUAUACUGAAAUUUAGGUAGUUUCUCCUUUAUUCUCGAGAGUGGGUCUUGCUUUUUAAUUGGUGCUGUGGUGUUGCUCCCCCGCCCCCUGCACUGCCUGGCCCCUCUGGAAGCAUCAGCACCUGCUGGCCAGCAGCAGUCGACACAGAAGGAUAGAUGGGCUGCAGCUGAUAAGCAUCUCUCUGUUACCUUAAUCUUUGCAGUAAGUGCAGCAUUCUCCGGGGUUUUCUUGCUUCUCUCCCUCACAUUUUCCUUCUUGGUCUCUGUCCUUUUGCCCAUCUGCUGCUGCCUGACAGCUGCUGUGUUAGCACAGAGGUGGACCAGCCUCCGAUGGAGACCAUCUGCAUUGCUUCCAUUCCUCCACUUCACAUGUGUUGUUUCAGAUAUAGCUGGAGUAAAGUGGCGUAAUUGAGCUUGUGAGCACAACUGGUAGAGGAAGUAGAACAAUACACAUUGUUCCUUGUAAGAUAGUUUGCAUGUAUCUAUCUAUUCAAACUCAAACUUAAGUUGUCUGUCCAUUUCUAAGAAAUUACAACCUGGGGACAUGGAGGAAAAGUUAUUUUUCAGAUAGUUGGGGAAACAACCAUCUCCCAAGCUGUGCUUGUCUUCCUGGGCACCCUGCCUGCAUCUCAGCUGUGGGAUCUUCCGUCCUGAAGAGAGUAGAGUUGUCUGUCUGUCUUGGCUCACAGAGGUUUUUUCAUAAAGAGCCAAGUAGGAAAUAUCGCAGGCUCUGUGGGCUCUACGGUCUUUGCCAUAGAUAAUAUGUAAACAAAAUAAGUGUGCUGUAUUCCAGUAGAACUUUAUUUAUGGACACAGAAACCUGAAUUGCUUAUAAUUUUCAUGGAAGUCUGAAAUUUUUAACUAUUUAAAAAUGUAAAAACUAUUCUUAGCUUGCAGGCCACACACAGGCAGGCAGGGACGAGAUCUAGUUCAUCAGCUGCUUGGACUAGUGGGGACAGUGAGAGCAGGAGCCGAGUAGCCACACAUGUUCAGUGUAGAAGACUCUGGAACAUGGGAAAUAGCAAUCAUACACACUCAGGACCAUCAAGUGUGGCAAAAGCCUUAGGGGUGUGACUGUUAAGCACUUACCCAGUUCAUUUUCUGUUUCUUCAUUUAAAGAAUACAAAUUGAAGCAUGUUUUGGAACAAGCACUAUCAGAGAAAGAUGGAUGCCCCAGUUCUGUGUGUUUGUGUCUUGAUGCUAUGAAAGUCUCUUUUGGGAAGAGGGGUGUCUUUUAAUCAGGAACAAAUCUAAUGGAAGGAGAGUUGACUGAAGUUGGCCUGCAGGAUUCUGAGCUGGAAAGCCCCUUCCUGAGGGUUUGUCACCUUGGGGCGCCUGCUUUACUGGAGAGUCCGAUGCAGGGUGAAAGGCACGUGUGAUGGCCCAGGCCUUAUUCUAGUGGGCACCGGGGGUUUGCCUGGGUCCUGCUUCCCCAUGUCCCGCGCCCCUUCCUGUCUCUGCUGUGUUCAGGGGCGUCGGUGGCUGCUCCGAGAACAUUGGAACUGGGAAGAGACCUGGAGCCUCAUUCAUUUUUUUGUAGGCAUUAUUUUCAGCUUUGUAUUCAAGUGAAUCCCCCUGUUCACUGUGGCACUGGCAGUCUGAAUACAUACUUCUGCCUGCUGCUGAAGAACUCACCGAGGCAGGCACAGACCAGGGCACUGCCCUUGCCUUUGCCCAUGGCUUUAGGUCCUGUGCUUGAGCUCACGGGCCCUGGCUUUGUUAGGAACAAAACAUAUAUUUACAGGAUGGGUUUGGGAAUCUCUCCUUUAGUUCAUAAUCCAGUUAUUAACAUCAGGAAAAUGUUUUUUCCAUUUCCUGGUAACCCCCGUGUAGGUGUUAUCACAAGAGUCACCCUCAUGCACAUUCACACUAGUGUAUUAAAAAUAGCCUGUACUUCUGAGAUGCUGGCUGUCACUCCAGUGCCACCAUAAGACCCAUCCCUCUUGAGAUCCUUGAAGGGAGUGCUUUGAGGCAGGUGAUGUAUUAGGAGCAUGGCAGCCUGUCUCCAGUCCUGUAGGCCUGGGCCCUGUUGGGCAUUGGAACAGCGCCUGGACUUUCCCUCCUGUGGCGGCACCCCUGCAACGUAUAUACCCGAGUGCUAUUUGUAUUUUGGCUUGGUGUGUAUGCUUUUCAUUGUGUAAAAUUGCUGUUCUUUUGACAAUUCUAGUGACUGUUUUGUUUACUACAACUUUGAAACAAAAAGUGUAAGGAAAAAAAUUCCAAUGAUUGUGCUGUGGUUGGAGACUUUAUUAUCAAGAUGUUUACAUCUUCCUCUUACCUGUCAUUUUGAGGAGCUGUUUGACUCUUUCUUCUUCUCCCCUAAUGGCUUGUAGUCUUUCCUAUGUCAUAAUAAAGCUACAUUUUAUUCUGAAAA